CCCCGACACACCUUUUGCUAAAGUAUAGUCUUUGGAGUAACUGACCCUUUUCUUGCUGUCACCAUGAACUAUGACCAUUCUUCACCCUAUACCUCCACUGGACUCAGCAGGAAGAAAUACACGCAUCACUCUCCGGCCAUGCCCAUCCGCUGGUAUGGCUGCGACGAAUGCAACUUGGUGUUCGAUGGCUAUCACAAGCUAAAGCGGCACCGCAUUACGCACCAGAGCCACACUACAUACCAAUUUCCCAUCACUCAAGAGAAGAGAGUCCUAUGUCUAUCACCUAUGCUGAACUCUCAUAAAUUCAGGUGCGGGCCAUGCAUGGCUGAGGCUCAUAGCAAGAGGUUCAGACAUGUGGCAGGACCCAGCUCGCCGCUGACUUCACAAAAAAAGAGCGACAUUGGCUACAUCAUCCAUCCAGCUGCUGCCAUGUCCGCACACUCGCCAGAAAUGAGCUCUACUAGCUCCGCGGGAUCGGUCUUCAGCGAUGAUCUCUUUCGUGUUGGUCUUUCUUUUCACCAGCCAAGUGGCCUACUCAUCUGCCACCUGUGCAAAAGGGUGGUUGUCAAUCCUAGACUACGCGAGCACUUUACUCUGACCGCAUCAGCUUGCCAAGGAACGACGACAUUCAUUGCUGCCAGACUCUAUCUGCGUUCAUUCCCAAGGAAAGUGUACAACAUAAAAACGGCCAAAGAGUGGAUCGAGUCGCUCAAUGGGCAGGCCAUCGAAAAGAUUCCUGGCUUUCCAGUCACUUCAGUGUCAAAAUGUGCAAUAUGUGGAUACCUUUGCAAGUCAGGAACGCUCAAAGACCAUUUUACCAAGGCCCACCGAGGAACUCCAUCAGCACCCCACACCCAAAUCACCAUUGCCCAGCAGCUUUUUAGCACCAUCAUGCUGCCGAAGUAUGUGGAGGUGCGCCACGAUCCUGAUAUGGCGCCUCCUUGAACAUGUGCAUGUGCAAUGUAAUGGUAGCAGCAUCGUCUUUGCCGUAAUCGAACUUUAUCUCACGUAAACUAAUAUAUUUACUAAUAGCUAGC